GGAAAUUUGUGCGCUAAUCUGAAGCCUGCCAACGUACAAGUUUAAAGUUUGUUUUCACUGUAAUAAAAAUCAUGUCAUUUUCAGAUCUUUACGCUAAAUAUAAUUGUACAUAUUGUCAAGAGGAAAUAAACGGCGUAAGAGUUAAAUGUACUGAAUGUGUUGAUUUUGAUAUUUGUUUGCAGUGUUUUUCUCUUGGUGCUGAAAUCGGACAGCACAAAAACGAUCAUUCAUAUCAGUUUGUGGACUCUGGGGCUUUUGGAAUAUUUUUAGGACGUAGUAGCUGGUCAGCUAACGAAGAAGUAAGAUUAUUAGAUGCCAUAGAACAAUUCGGCUUUGGUAACUGGGAGGAUAUAGCAAAACAUAUUGAAACAAGAACUCCUGAAGAAGCAAAAGAUGAAUACAUUACUAGGUACCUGGAAGGCACCAUAGGCAAAGCAACAUGGGGCAAUAUUGAAAGUACAUCUCGCCCAUCACUACAUUGUGCAGAUAAAGAUGAUGGCCCACUUGGUCCAACUGCAGUGUCUCGACUACCAAACCUAGCUAUAACAGUAGACGAAGCAGCACAACUUGGGUAUAUGCCAAAUAGAGAUGAUUUUGAAAGAGAACAUGACCAUGAGGCAGAGCAGUUGAUCUCAACAUUAUCAUUAAAUCCAGAAGAUGAUGAAUUAGAUGUUGCACUAAAGCUAUCACAAGUUGAUAUAUACAUCAGAAGACUGAGAGAGAGAACGAGACGAAAAAGAUUAGUUAGAGAUUUCCAGUUAGUGUCUGUCUUCUUCAACAAUCAGAGGAAUAAACAGAAGACCCUAGGAAAACUUGCCAAAGAAAAAAAAGAGUUCACGGAGCGGCUACGAUGGAUGGCCCAAUUCUACGGGCGCGCUGAGCAGGCGUGCGUGUCGAGCGGGCUGUGGCGGGAGCGCGAGCUGCGCGUGCGGCUGGCGGAGCUGCACCGGUACCGGCUGGCCGGCGUCACGCGGCUGGAGGAGUGCGCGCACCACGACCAGCACGCCGCGCUCAGGCGCUCCACGCACCACGACCGGAACGGUAGCAGUGGGUGCCCGGAAACCAAUCAGACAAGAGAUCAAACAUCGAUCAACUCGCUGCAGCAAAGAAAAAGAGACGGCGAAAGCGGCUCAAAUUCCACCAGCCCAAAGUGCACACGGGACGGAAGUACCGCAUGUGGAUGCUCCAAAAAGAGCUCAUGCAACAGCAACAGCGCAGGAUGCUCGAGGAAUCUGCUCACCACUAAUGAGAUACAGUUGUGUUCGGCGUUGAGCCUGCCGCCGGCGCAGUACGUGACGCUGAAGGGCGUGUUGCUCCGCCGAGCGCCUGCGCCCGACUGCGACCUCGACCUCUCCGUCACGCACUACCUGCACGCCGCCGGAUGGAUACGGAACUAGCUCAGGUCUACCAUCUUGCUAUCAUCAUAAUAGGGAUUUUUUUUCAAACUACCUUACUGAAAUCCCUAAAGAUUUGUAAAUUGUUUAGAAACCAUCAUUUUAAAUAAAAUUCGUUAAAAUAAUUAAAAUAAAAUAAAUUAACGCCAAAACGUAUGCGUAUAUUACAGUUAGUAGUUUAUUGGAUACGGUAAAUGUCA